GACAACAUCGAUGUGGGGGAGCUAGUGUACGAUGCCCCGAGGGAUGGGCCCACACUAUGGGAGAUAGGGAUACCUGAUCGUACGGCCCAGGAAUAUUUUGUUCCAGAUCCCAAUCCUAAGUAUAUAAACAAACUUUAUGUCAAUCAUCCUGACAGGUUCAGGCAGUAUGGAUUAUGGGAGAGAUAUGCUGAAUUGUACCCAAAUGAGGAUUUAGUUUACACUGUUGGGGAGAGCAAUUAUGCCACAGAUUGGUUCUUUGCCCAUGUUACCAGAAGAAAAGAAGAUAAUACGUAUGAAGCAACUACCUGGCAAAUUAAGUUCAAAGUGGAUAUCGUUGACCCGAGUGCAAUAUACACAUUGAGAAUUGCACUUGCUUCUGCAAAUCAAGCUGUAUUAGAGGUAAAUAGUACAUAUGAGCAU